AUGAACCCUGUAGAAAGAGCGGCUCAUCCCUCAACAGCCCAAAUUCACGCACUAUUAAAUUUUUUGGAGAUGAAUCCAAGCCUUGCAAAAGGUUUUUCAAAAGUUCCCAGUGCAAGGGACACAGCCCGUAAAAGCUGGGAGAAACUGGCGCUUCAACUCAAUAGUUUAGGGGGCUGUGUUAAAACCUGGAAACAAUGGACUAAAUACUGGGCUGAUAAAAAAAGUGCUGUUAAGAAGAAGGGUGCAUUACGCUUUAGAACUAGAAAUAAGACUGGUGGCGGUAAAGAGGUGGUGGAGCUUUCUGAGAUUGAAGAGAAAAUAUUAGCCUUAAUGGGUGGCGAAAGUUUUGCCACUGGUGACAGGCAUUUAGAAAUUAAUCCAUUUUUUGAAGCCCAGGCUGGAAAGAGUCUUGAAAAUAGUCCCUCUUUGCUGGCUUCUACCCAGUUAAUAGGCCUAAAUCCAUUACCGUUACCAAUGGAACAGCAAACACAACACAAACACACAACACCAAGUUCUAUUGGAGAUUUUCCAGCUGGAAAUGUUCCUGUUGUAGAGACAACACAACAGCAUGCAAUUGAAAGGCAGGCUAUUUUAUGCCUACCUGGCACAUCUGGGCCAUCUUCCAGGCCAAGUGUUGUUCGCAUGGUAUCACUAAGCCCUUUACCGAUGGUGGUCCAAUCUCCACCCUGCACACCACCCACAGUUGGAGGUCCUGCAAGUCCUCCCCCAACUCCUUCGGGUUCAGGCAGCCACCCACAUCGGCUAAGAAAUGCACGUCGCCAGUUGAUUCGAUCUCCAGUGCAUAAUCAUCCUCUGCUCAAUACAACAACAUCAAGACUUCGCCAUAAUCGUCGAAGUCGUGCAUCACCUCCAUCUCAACGGCGAUCACAAUUCACAAGUUUUUCGGAGCGAUUUUUGGCGAUAGAAGAACAAAAACUCGAAAUAAAUCGCCGUAAUUCGGAGCUUUUAGAAAUGCUCGUUAAUCAAACAGUGCAGAGCAUUGGAGAAGGAUUGAAAUUAUUGCAAGAGACUUUAAAAAAAUAA